AAUGAAACUACUUCCGAGGCAGGGAACCACUUCCGGGUUGGGAAUGGUUCUGAUCAGUUUGUAAACAUCUUGUGAUGGACUCGCCACUUAAUUUGGCUCACCAGCAGGGUCGGCGAGCAGAUGCCCUUGUGCGGAGUGGGAAGUUUGAUGAUGCAGUUGACUGUCACAAGAGAGCAGCAGAGUACCUUCUUGAGGCGAUGCAGCUGACGAGCUCGGAACAUGCUCUAGAGUCACUUCGAUUGCAGCAUAAACACCAUCUGCAUCAACAAGAGCUCAUCCUUGAAAAACGCAUAAGAAUUGAACGUGCUCAUAAUGCUCAAAAAAGCUCUGAGAACAGGACCAAUCAGAGCUGUCAAACAGAUGACCUUGACACAAUUGAUGGCGACCUUGACCCAAAUCAUUUCAGCGAGGCAAGUUUGUACCAUACAAUGACUCACACAGACACCCUGUUAGCAUUCCUCAAAGACUCUCAGGAAUCCAGCUCACCAAAGACAUCAGCUCCACGAGUGACCUUCAAUAAAUGCCCAAGGGAUGAAACUGCUGUCAUUGAGGAGCUCCAGGCCCACAAUGAGCAUCUCCAGAAGCAUGUGAAACGCCUACUAAGAGACUUGGACACUGUCAGGAGGGAAAAUGAACAACUGCAGACACAACUCAGGGAGAGGGAAACAUUAAAACAUGUCAUGUCGGAGCCAGUGUUCAGCCCGGAUCAUUUCACUCCAUUUGACCUUCCCCCUCUUGAAAUGCCGACCUUGAGCUUGGAUAUGCUUCAAGAGGGAUUGCAGUCAGAUGAUGCACUGAUUGAGAAAUAGACUCUUUUAAGAAAAGGCAGCAGUAAUAUAUUUUUAGAUAACUUCUUUUUCGUCUUGAGUGUGAUCAAGUUGAUGGUUUUCAAAAUAAAAUUGUUUGAGAUGU